UCAAUGCUGAAUUGGGGCGACAGCCGGCUUGACCCAGAACGCAGGGCGCCAAAGGACCCGCCCCAGCUCGCCGACCUUGGCGGCCCUGCCCAGCUGCCCCCCUCCUCCACGUCAAUUAACCGAGCCCAUAUAUUCAUGGUCAAGCGCCCCUCAAUGCCUUCACUCUAUCGGAGCUGGGCAGUGUAGCAAUUUCUGUCUUCGUUUGCUGCACGAGUUUUACCACAUCCAGCACUUCGGUGCCAGCCUUAGAGUUGACACAGUUGAAUGCUGUGCGAGGACAAGAUCGAAUCAGUAGCCGAGUUUUGAAGAACGUUUCACAUGCCGGUGUCGUGGUGAUCCAGCUGGCUUUUGUGCGGCUGCAGCAGCAUGAUUGAUUAGCGCCAGGCAUCUUCGAUUGGGGAUCGUCGACACCCGUAUCCAUCCAAUCCGAUAGUUCAGGUUUCGCAAUUGGCAGCUCCGUCGUCAAGAAAGGAUUCACUUUGUGUUGGGCGUGAUAUUAAGUUUCUAGACCGGGAAACAUUGGUCAUUCUAGCUACGUCCACUGCAUUAUUGUAGAAGCUGCUCGCAGGCGAUUGCUGCUUGGAGGUGCGUCAGCGAGUGGGUGUCCUCACCAACAAGUGGAGGGUGAUUUUGUACGACUUAGAGUCUAUUUUGACUUGAGCUGCGGGAAGUGGCGAAAGUAGAGGUUCGCAUGCAAGGCAGUUUGAAGGUGAUAUCAGUUGGUGCCACGACUGUCGAACAAGCUGGAGGACUUUUCAGCAGUUCGAUUUGUGGCAGAGCAAUUCCAGACCUGGGCCUCUAGGUUCUGGAAGCCAGCUGCCACCAUGGAAAUGCAGCAACUCGACCCAUUGACUAGUUUUCACUGCAGUGAAAGCUUCGAAGGAGUGGAGACCUGCAGAGUGGAAGGGCGUGCGAACCAGAGCAUUGUUUCAGAUUUGGACGGAACGCUUCUGCGGUCAAGAAGCUCUUUUCCCUACUUUAUGUUGCUCGCUUUCGAAGCAGGGAGCCCACUCCGGUCUGUCGUUCUUCUGCUUAUUUCUCCCGUAGUAUGGCUUGUCUACAACUUCGUCUCCGAGGCAGCUGGGAUUAAGAUGCUCAUUUUCGUCUCGCUGGCGGGACUCAAAGUGUCCGCCGUCGAGUCAGUGGCGCGGGGUGUUCUGCCCAAAUUCUACUUGGAAGACAUGCACUCCAUCAGCUACCGAGUCUUCACCUCCUGCGGGAAGCGCUACGUCGUGACGGCGAAUCCAAGGAUCAUAGUGGAGCCGUUUCUGAAAGAGUAUCUUGACGUAGAAGCUGUAAUGGGCACUGAACUACAAAUCUCGAGCGGGGGAUAUGUCACCGGUUUUGUAACGGGCCCCGGUGUACUCGUUGGUGCUGUCAAAGAGCGAGCUGUGAAGAAAUACUUUGGACCCGACCCUCCGGACGUCGGCCUAGGAGACAGGCAGAGCGACUUCUUAUUCAUGGAUCUCUGCAAGGAAUCUUACAUUGUACACAGCGACAAGGAUGUGCCCGCCGUGUCGAAGGAAGACUUCUUAAAACCUCUUAUCUUCCACGACGGUAGACUGGUGUGCCGUCCUACGCCGCUGAUGUCGCUUAUCGUCAUGCUAUGGUGUCCUAUUGGCUUUGUCCUUGCCGUUGUUCGGAUGCUCAUCGGCAUUGCGUUGCCAAUGUGGUGGGCGCUUCCUCUUGAGGCAAUGCUCGGCGUCACCGUCCGUGUGAAAGGAAUUCCCCCGACGUGCCCCCUCCGAAACAAGAAGCGGGGUGUGCUCUUCGUGUGCUCUCAUCGCACUCUUCUUGACCCUAUUUUCUUGUCCAUUGCCGUUCGAAGGAAAGUCACUGCAGUAACAUACAGCAUCAGUCGGCUCUCCGAAGUGCUGUCCCCAAUCCGCACUGUGCGCCUCACGAGGGACAGGAACACGGACGCCAACACCAUGGCAAGUCUAUUGGAGGAAGGUGACCUUGUGGUGUGCCCCGAGGGCACCACUUGCCGGGAGCCUUAUCUGUUGCGGUUCAGUUCCUUGUUCGCUGAGCUGACGGAUCAAAUUGUCCCCGUGACGAUGAAUAUCAAAAUUACCAUGUUUCAUGGGACGAGCGCUCGAGGCUGGAAAGGCAUGGACCCCUUCUUCUUCUUCAUGAACCCUUGCCCUAAGUAUGAGGUAACAUUUCUGGACCAACUCCCGCAUCAGCUGACAUGCAAUGGCGGAAAGACCAGCCACGAGGUGGCGAACUACAUUCAGCGCGUGUUAGCGAACUCUCUUGGAUUUCAGUGCACCAAUCUCACGCGCAAGGACAAGUAUACUGUAUUGGCCGGGAACGAUGGGAUUGUGCCGGAUCACACUCUGCGGCAGCGAGCUGGCAGAAUGUUCGGCUUGUAGCGAUUUUAGGGUUCGUUUGGAAUGCUCCAGGGGGCGAGUCGCAGCGGCAGUUGGAGGGACUCAAGGCUGCAGAAGACCAAUUUGUUUUCCUCGAAUUGUGACGAGUUUGGAGAGAAAGAUCCGGUCCCCCGCUAUCACCCAUUUCUGCUGGCUUGCAUUGCAUGCAUCUGACCCGACCUGAAUUGAGUUGAGUUUAUGCGAUUGAUCGAUUGAUUGACAAGGGCUAGAAAACCAUUGGUCCAAUUUUACGAGUAUAGGCAUCGUUUUACAAUUCGGAAGUUGAAUCAGACAACUCCUUUCUAGCAAUUGGAGCGUAUUGCUAACUAUACGAAUAGAUCAAUAUAGAUGGAGGUUGCUCUACCCGCGGCGGUAUCAGAACACUGACUGCUUUUUAGAGAUUACUUGUAACUUCGGCUCAUCACUGGAUUAACCUUAUUGCCGACUAUACCCAUACUGUAGGGCUCUAGCUAGUUCCGCUGCUGGGUUGCAUUGAACGCAAGGACUUGUGGUUUGUAUGAUGUAAUACAUUUAACAAUUCAUCAGAGGAUAUUGACCAUCUUCAUUCACCGAAA